CACACACACGUCCACUUCGGCUUCAUAUCCACCGGCAACAUCCUCCUCAUCAUCAGUCAUCUUUCAUCCGUCCAUCAUGCACAGCAAAGAACAGAUCAGUCAUGAUGAAUACCAGAAGACAGCCGACUGGUUGAUGUCUCAGACCACGCACCGUCCCCAGGUGGCGAUCAUCUGUGGGUCUGGACUGGGAAUGCUGGCUGACACCCUCAAGUGUCAGGAAGCGUUUGAUUAUUCUGACAUACCGGGUUUCCCUCAGAGCACAGUUCAGGGUCAUGCAGGUCGUCUGGUUUUCGGAGAACUGAAGGGGAAGACGUGCGUGUGCAUGCAGGGUCGCUUCCACAUGUAUGAAGGACAUUCACUCAGCAAGACAACAUUUCCUGUACGAGUCUUCAAGCUAAUGGGCGUAGAGACUCUGAUUGUGACAAACGCUGCCGGCUCAUUGGCCGAUGGUUUCCAUCCUGGUGACAUCAUGAUCAUCAAAGACCACGUCAACUUCCCAGGAUUGGUCGGUAUGCACCCACUGUGUGGACCCAACGACGACAAGUUCGGCCCUCGUUUCCCAGCCAUGUCAGGUUGCUAUGACAAAGACCUGCGUUGCCUGGCGAUGGAGAUCGCCAAGGAGCAAGGUGUGGCUAGUGUGAUGCGGGAAGGCGUGUACGCCAUGGUGGGCGGACCAAACUUUGAAACCAUUGCUGAGGCCAGACUACUGCAUCGACUCGGUGUGGAUGCUGUUGGUAUGAGUACGGCUCCUGAGGUUGUCGUGGCGACCCACUGUGGUCUGAGAGUCUUUGGCCUCUCGCUGAUCACCAACAAGGUGGUGAAGUGUUACGAGGACACUGAGAGUGUGAACCACGAUGGCGUCCUGGAGGUCGGGCGGCUACGCUCCCACACUGUGCAGCAGCUGGUCACUGAGCUGAUCGGCAGGAUCGAGGUCAACAACAACACCAAAUAAUGCUGUCUAAAAACACACACACAAACAUACAGAGUAUAUAUUUAUUACAUUUUCGAGGGCAUCACUCUGCCUUUGUUUACCGUCUUUUUUUUUAUCUUUGCUGGUAUAAAAUGAUAUAUAUCAUCAUGGUGCCUACUAUUUUUGUUCUGAGCAUGAAUGGGAAUCAGAUUAUUUAUGUCUAAUAUUUUAUUAAUCCAAAUGAUUAAUAUAACAGUGACUCUGUAUCUGACGGUGCUUUAAUUUGACAAUGUGAGACAGAGAUUGUUUGUCUCCCCUUGUAUAUUGUUCCUGUUGAAUACUGGACUUUCUGUAAAAUCCCUGAUAAUCUAAAUAAAACAUGCUACAAAUAGCCUCCUGUGUA